ACAGGAGUGACAGUAAGCAGCACUAUGACGAAGAACUCUGUAAACAGAUACGGUGAUGAUUGUGACGAUGAUUGCGACUGCAUUUUAUACGAAUUACUUCUUUAUUCGGAGUGGAAACAAGAACCGGAGGUCGCGAAGCCGAUUAAAUCUGCAGACAGUGCAACUCUGCCUCCCAAGCAAGGUUCCUACCUGAAUAUCUAUAACUACCUCAGAAAACCAUCUCCCACGGAUGACGUUCUAAGAUUACUGAAUAGUCAUCUACCAUGGAAGUUUGCUGUGGGAGAAGAUGGAAAAGUUGUAGCCAUUUUACAAGAUACACUUUUGGAAAUACGAGCCAGUAGAGAUGAAUACUCAUCAGUUGUAGGCAAAGCUGUAGUGUGCAGAGAUCCAGUGCCCCAAUGGAGGAAAAUGUUGUGGAGUCCAGACUGCAGCAUGCUGGCAGUAGCGUACAGUAGUGGCGAUGUUGCUUUCUACAACUUGUUAGGAAGCAACAUGUUCUGCAUAAAACCAGAAUUUCUGGAGAAAGAGAAGACCAUCCAUCCACUGACUAAUAUGUUAUUCUUAAAACCAAGAAUAAAAAGCAAAAAGUGGGCAUAUGAAUUCAUCAUUGUUGACUACAAAGGAAAUCUCAACAAUUAUUUGGUGUCACCAACUGAUGGGUUUGAAGCAAACCAUACAUUUUCAUUUGCAUCCCAUUACUGUAAUGGUGUCACUGCUGUCAGUUAUCACCCAUCACAUAAUUUGCUCUUUGUGGCUGGCAUAACUGGAAUUCAAUUAUAUGAUGGACUUACGGAUCGAGGAAGCAGUGCUGGUCUUUCAGGAUGGAGACUUUUGAAUGACCAUCCAUACUACCAGUUAACACUUUCAAAUGAAGAAGAGGAGGCUAUAUGGAAUGCCCAGCGUAGUUUCUGGAGUUGGGUUCCUGUGGUGAAGAAGAAAGCAGAACAUAGUACAAUUUUUAGAAUGCAAGUGUCUCCAAAAGGAAAAUUGCUGGUAUGCCUUCAUUCAGAUGGUGCCAUUUCUGUGUGGCAUCUACCAGGUAUAAGGCUUUUUAGGUAUUGGAAUCUUCAUGACCAGCCAGAUUUCAGUGCUAGAAAUCCUCAGCUUUCAUAUAUGGCAGAUAGAAAGCGAUAUCGUUUCAAUUCCAAAUUAGCUGAUUUGGAUUUCUAUCCUGUAGAUGCAAAUUGGUGGUCAGAGAAGGCAGUUAUCAUCGCAAGGCACUCAGGUGCUGUGAGUGUGUGUUCAGUGAGAUCACUUAAUAAUCUACUGGGAGAAUCACCAGAGUUCCUUGCUGGACCUCCCCAGGUCUCGGCUCUGUGCAAUGACCGUGGUUUCUUGGGACUUGAAUGUGAGAUGAUUCUUACUUCAAAGAAAUUAAGAGAUGAUGAUGAUGGAGUGGGAUCUGUGGACACAGAGAGCAGUGAUGAUGAAGAAGAAAGUUCACUCUUGAGUAAAUCUGCAUAUAUUUUACGUUCUGGUGUGUAUAUGAUAACAGACAUUGAAAGAUUCCAACCAAGAAGGAAAAAACCGAAAUUGCUGUAUAGAACAUACAGGCUUUUGGGUCUGAAAAGUACCACACCAGAAGAACUUUAUGCUAGAAAGAUCGACAAUGAAGAAUAUGGGGAAGCACUUGCAUUAGCCAAAGCAUAUAAUUUGGACUGUGAUCUUGUAUACCAGAGGCAGUGGAGAAAUAGUUCUGUUUCAAUUGCCACAAUUCAUGAUUAUCUUAGCAAGAUAACCAAACGUUCGUGGGUACUUAGAGAAUGUAUAGAAAGAGUGCCCGAGAGCUUUGCAGCAGCAAGAGAACUUCUGGAAUUUGGUCUUAAAGGAAUCAAUUUGGAAACAGUGGUGGCUGUGGGAGAAGGAAUUGAUGGAGGCCAUUUUAUUCUGCAACAUCCUGAUCUGGAAUAUGAUGAUGAUGAUGAUCUAGAUGCAACAAAAUCAGAAAAGAGGAAAAAUCAUCUACUACGGAAGAUCAAUCCACAUAAGCUAAAUAAUGACCAGAAGGAACUAUUGAAAUUCAGGAUAUUGCUGUUACAUUACCUUGAUAUGCUGCGUACGUAUGAGAUAAUUAUGGGUGGACCACACUUGGCAGAUUCACUGUAUGAUUCCUCAUUCUAUCAGAGAUUUCGCUCAACACCGCUCAUAGUAUCAGUUGUGGAGUUUGCGAGAGAAGGAAACUGCGAAGCAGUGCAACACAUGUUUACGUACCAUGGUUCAGUGGUACUGCCACAUUGGCUACCUGUUUUGUCCAGUUUUCCUGAAACUAUGGAUCCAGUGAAUUAUCAGGGUAUUCUUCCAGAAUGUGGAGUUGAAGGUGGUGUUGUUCUAAUAGAGCAAGCACAGCUGCGCAAGAAGGAAUGCUUUGAAGAUCCUGAGUUUCGAUGUGCUCUUGAUAUAACUCAGGAUGAUGGAUCCACAUUUUUGUAUGAGGAGGAGCCAGAUUUAAAGCAGUUCCAGUGCCCCAUUGAAAAUCUUGAACCAGAACUAAUAACAAAAUGGUACAGAUUUCAAGUUCAUCAGCUUGAAUCAAGAAGUGGGAUUGUUGAUCAUGCUUUAAACCUGCUAAACCUUGGAAAGGAACGUAAUGUUGUGGGCUUAGAGGACUUGUUUCAUGACCUGAAGACUUUAGAUUCAUUGGUAUAUGAAAUAAACCUCGUUGGUGCCAACCUUUCCAACUUAAAAAGUUUAUCUGACUUUGAAAAGGCCAAACUACUGAUGUCUAAGACCUCUGAAGAAACAUUUGUGAAUGACAUUAAGCAUCUCCUGCUACCAUUCCUGGAACGUUGUGAGAAGCAAUCAGAAGGGAUAAAGAUGAAGUUGUUAGGAGAAUAUCUUGUUGAUGUUAGCUCAGACAAUCUUAAGUUACCUUACAAGUUAUUUGAGUAUUUGUUAAUGGAACCAAAUAGUGUGAUAACAGCUGACACAGAGGAAAUAAUAAAUCUUGGUUUCACAUGCAUAUAUGCUUCUCCAGAUCCUGAUCAGUUGGAUAUUGCAGAGGGUAUCACUACACUCAUUUCCAAACAACCCCUGGGGUCUCUUAAUGAUCUUUUUCCUAAGAUUCGAGAUAAAUUGCACGAGUUGCAACGUCAGCUGACAUCUGCUAAGAUCCUCCGUAAUAAUGGAAUUCCUAAAGCGGUAUCCUACAUACGAGAUAUUGCUAAUAAUGCUCCUGCUGUGAAGCAGUUGCUUAGCAGGUUGGCAAGAUCACUUGCAAAGAGAAUCUCUUCACCUUCUAAGUCUCAGUGGGAGCAACUACUGAAUGAUAUUUUGACACUGCAAGAAAAGGUGUUCAAGUGCAUCCCCACAAAAGAAUGUUAUGAGAUAUAUGCUGAAACUCUGCUGUCAUCAGGUGAUAAAAAAAAUAUUGCAGAAGCAUCCACUAUUUUGGAGUGUCGGAAGUCAGCUGUGAUUCCUAAAAUGGUAUCAUUUGACCGCAGUGUUAAAUUGGUUCUGCAGGUUGCAAGAGAAUAUUUUGACUCAUCUGGAGAUUUGCUUUGCCCAGCAAUGGAACUCGCAAAGGCAUGUCUCCAAUUAAUUGUGGAUGAGACUGAAGAGAUUCAGGAACAGCUUGAUCUCAUAUCGUCCCUUCAAAUUCUUAGUGAUUUUAAUUUGUCUGUGUUACCCUUACAAGUUCGACAGUGUGAAGAUCGCAUGCAGCUUAUAAAGUCAAUCCUGUAUAAGGACCCCUAUGCAUACCAAAGAUGGGAAGAGCUACUACUGUUAGCUCACAAGUUAAGAGUGUGUGGCCGUAAUAGACAUGAAUGUGAAGGACGUGUCCUAACAAUUACAGCUCAGUCAGCUUACGAGGCAGAAGAUUUUAAAUGUUGUGCGGAAAUCUGCAAAAAUAUAGUGGACAACAACCAUGGAAUUGGGUGGCAAGUUGUGCAGCAACUGGGGCAGUGUAGAGAAUUUUCUGAUGUACAGCAGCGGUGUGAUUUUCUUUCUUUUGCUGUCCUGCACUGUGAGCCAGACAUGUUGGAUAAGCUCCUGACAACCAGGUGCCUCCUGGAAGCACAGGUUUUACACAAACAAUUAAGCAGUCAUAUUCCUGAGGAGAGUGUGGACUUAACAUCUGGUGAUGAGGAGGAAUUCUCAGAUGCCUUAACUUCGCCUAUGACACCUAAACGAGAAUUUCCGCCCGUCCUGAGUAUAAUGAAUGUUGUCGAAGGUUCUACUGAAGUUAUCAGAAAAACAACAUACCAGUUACUUAAAAAUGUUGGCAAUAAGAAUUUCUGGAAAGAUGCUCUCAGCAGUUGGGUACAAAUUGGAAACUACAAUGUGUCAUCUGGAAUAGAUGACAAUCAAGGAGAACCACUUUCACUCCAGGCUGUGCCACAGUUCUACAGGUCUCUGUUCCCUGAAUGUCGUGCAGGAGUAUUUGAUCCGCAGUAUGAUGACUUUUUCCUACCAGAUAUAGCAGCUAUUAAUCCUGCACUUGAACUGUGCCGUGCUUUGUUGAGGAUUACUUUGCUAGAAGGGGCUGCAGGAGAUGGACCUAGCAGGAUGGAUACAACUGCUGUCCUCCUUCAGUUAGCAAAACAUUUGCUGCCUGAAGACACCACCCUUGGCUUGGCUCACCUGCUUCUGGUGCCAGACAUAAACAGGGUGAAGGAUUGCCUGGACAGCCUACCUGCCACAGCUAUUUCAAUACAGAUAGCUUGCUAUUAUUGUGCUCUGACUGGUUAUUCUGCUGUUUAUGGCUGUCAGUCAGAAAAAAUGGCUAUUGGGGACAUGUUCCUGUAUAAUCCUUCUGAGCUCAUCAGCCACAUGGUAUCCUUGGUUGAGAAUUCCAGGGCACAGGGAGUGUGGACUGAAUAUCUGAUCCAGUCCCAGAAAACGAUGUCAGAUUUCCUACAGGGUCAACGGCUGAAUGAAUUUGGAUGUGGAAUUGACUUGAAGAGAUUUGCAGUGGACAAACAGUAUCAACAGGACUCCAUUCUAGGUUUGCCCAUGACUGUAGAUACCAAGCGUUUCCAGCUUGCAGUUACUUUAGGAUCGAAACAUGGAAUUUCUGUAAGUCAGAUUGCUGCUAUACAUGCUUGUGCUCUCUUGCUCAACACAGAAGAGAUCACGGUGACUGAACAGAUAAAACGACUCAAUGAUCCUCAACUAUUAGAACUGCUCAGAAAAGAUCCUGAUGGUGUUUGUGAAAGGUUUCAAAACUAUGUGUAUCCAAGCAUUGGAGGAACACAGCACAAUAUGCUUGUUUUGUAUUAUACUGUCCUCUCAUCAGUGGCUGAAAAUAAAUUUUUCCAUUGCCUCUUGCCAAAAGAUCACAUCAAGCUUUUGAAAAAAAUAAAAGCAACUUCACCAGCAAUUGACUACAAACUGCUGGUGGAAACACCAAAUAAGUUUUUGGAUGCUGUAAGGCCAGCAAUGCGGAAAGAGAAUGUUGGAUUACUAGUGAAACUUUUAAAGAGCCUACCAGUGUCGAUGAACUGCACCGUACAACCUGGAGCAAUAUAUGGAGCAUGGGCAGCUACUGAAUUUUUCCAGGUUUCAAGUAGUGCUUAUGCUCUUGGACCAAGGUUAUGGCUUGAUCAGUUUAGAAUGUGUAGUCAUUAUUUCACAAAAAUGGCAGGCGCAGAUGUUGUAAACUUUGCUAAAGCUGUAUGUUUCUCUGAGAAGAGUAUUGAUGUAAUGACUGUUGACUGCAGAAUCAGUUUGUUACAUCUCGUGAAAGAAUACACCGAUGGCAAAAAGAAAGAAAACCAUGGGAAAGAGUGGGCUGAGGCAUCCUCAACUGUGGACUCCUGGAUUUCACAUCUGAAUCAGAUUAACUCAUAUCAUCUGGAGGAGAUAAAUGGAAAUUCUUCUCCAGAACUUCAGCUACUGCUUCGGCAGCUGGAUUUGUCAAGAGGUGAGCCAGACCGAAUAAAACAGGUGUUUAAGUUUUCUAUAUGCAGCUCAGUACCUCUCAAAACACUUGAAGGAAUGAUGAAGGUGUUUCCCCAACCUUGCUCUUCAGUGGAGAGUAUGCUGGAGGAUCAACUAAAUGAAUCAAUAUCAGGACUCAGAAAUGGUCCCGCACCCGAAUCUUUGGCCCUACUUCCUCAUAUACUUCACCGCUUACAAGAAGUGGCUGAUGACAGAGGAUGUUCAUUGGUUGAUCCAUGGGCUGUACUUGAGCCACUGUGCUAUGAUGAGUCCCUGCCUCCAAAACUACGAUUACAGUCUGUAAAUUUCCUGGAGAAAAAUGUGAUGCCUUCAGGUGCAAGAAGUAAAAGCUUGCUUUUGAGUCGUAUAAGGGCUGUUGUAGACCUUGCAUGGUCUCACAUCAAAUUGGUGGUCUGUGAGUCAGACUUUUCCGCAGUAGAAGCAGAAAUAUCACUGUUUCAUAAGCUUCUUGCAACUGCAGAAUCAUGGCAACAACUGAAAUUGCUGAAAAAUGUGUUAGACCACUGGCAAACAUUCCAGGAUUCUACUACCUCUGGAAACAAAACAUCGGACCCAUGGAUGCUACUUCUUUAUAAAAUUUUACAUUUCAAGGGUGAACAUUUGGAUUCAGUUCUGGAUGCUGUAGAAGAAGUAUGUAAAGGGAAGAAAUUUAAUGAAAUGUCUCUGCAGCAUUUGAUAUUACAGUCACAGGAGACUGUUGAUUUGUCACUAGUGCUAGCUGUAUGCUUGUGUUCUGAACAUGCAAGCUUGCAUGAUACAGCACUGUUUCUUCUACGUCAAAAGGCAGAAAUGGGCGAAGUGAUCGUACACCAGCGAGUAAUGACACUAUUGCUACGACGUGGUCUGGCACCUGACCUUGUUGACACUCCAAUUUACCAGCAGCUGGAACAGCACCUUCUUGCUGGAAAUGACAAGCAGCUGCCACCCAUCUUUGCAGUUGUCGCUCAGCUUGAAGAUGCUGGUCAUCUCACUGAGGCACGUGCGUUAAGCCAUCGUGCAGCUCAGCUUGCAGGGCAUCAAAGAGGAGGGUCUCUCCUGUCAGGAGCUGUGAAACUAGCACGCCGCACUUGGUCGCAGAAAAAAUAACAGAUCGUGGAGCUGAUAACUAAUGAAGUUUGAGAGAAGCACGUCAAUGUUCUAUCUGCUGGAAUGACUGCAAGAAAUGACUACUGUAUUACCUUGUUAAUAUAAAUGUAUGAAUUUGUUUCUCAGUGAUGUAUAGUAAUGAAAUGUGAUAUGACUGCAGUUUCCGGCUUCUGCAUUUGAGUGUGCCUUCAAACAUUAUUGUAAAAUCUUGUCAUAUAUUGUUGUAUGUAUGUUAAACACUGUAUAAAGACAUAUUAUUAUUUAAAUGUAUGCAGCUGUCAGCAUCAUUCUAUAUUAUUUUGUUCAGUCUUGUAAUAAAGACAUUUGU